AUGUUCCCGACACCAACCUCUUCGGAAUCAGACAAUGGGCAAAAUUUCUUGACCCAAGGGAUGACCAAUCCUUCUCGGGCUGGGGUCAUAUUAAACCGUGAAUUUAUUUCGGAAGCAGAAGGAGAAAAUCAAGCAGCUGUGAACCUUUCUACCAGUUUUCCUAUUAAAACCAUGCAGUUUUCAGAUAGCUUCAGCUUUGUAAGUGAAGAAGAUUCACUUCAUGAAGAUCAGAAAUUGGAGUCUAACAGCUUUUAUAAACUACAAUCAGAUAAAUCCAAAACAUGUACUAUCUUUUCUUUAACUAAGAAGGGACCACAAAUUGUGGAUGUUCCUGGACACUGCGAAGAUGACAAAAAUGACUUUAUUCCAGAUAUUGCAAGUGAAUUCAAAGAAGAGGCUUACAAAGACCCACUUUUUAAAAAACUUGAACAGCUGAAAGAAGUACAACAGAAGAAGCAGGAACAACUGAAGAGGCAACAGUUAGAGCAACUACAAAGACUCAUGGAAGAACAAGAGAAGCUUCUUACUAUGGUGUCUGGGCAAUAUAUAUUCCCAGCUUCAAGUCUACUGCCUGAUGAACAGAGCCAAAAGUGCAGAUCUCCUUGUAAUUCAGCUACUGUUGAUACAACACUCUUCUUACCAUCAUUUAUCCACCAGAAUCAAACUGAAGAAAAAAUGCAAACUUCCAACAUUUUAUUUGAUAAACAAAAGAACCUUUGUAGAAGUGCUAAUCCAGAUUUUAUCAUAACUCCAAAAAGUGGUGCUUCUCCCAAUUUAUUUUAUGAGGCACAGUGCCAAGAAGCACUUGUGAAAGAAAAGGAUUUGAAAGAAGAAAACCAUCACCAUCACCAUCCUACCGGAGAAGAUAUUUUAUCGUGUUUGGAGAAAAUCACUGAACAAAUUCAGGAAGGGAACGAUACAAACUUUAAAAAAAAUGGUGAUUCCUCAGAAGUGGUUAAUAUUGAAGAAAGACCUAUUAAAGCUGCUAUUAGAGAAAGGAAACAGACAUUUGAAGAUUACUUGGAAGAACAAAUUCAGUUGGAAGAACAAGAACUGAAACAAAAACAGCUAAGGGAAGCAGAAGGAUCUUUGUUAAUCAAAGUGAAACCAAAGCAACCAUUCUUAAAAAGAGGAGAAGGUUUAGCUAGGUUUACUAAUGCUAAAUCUAACUUUCAGAAAGGAAAAGACAGUAAAUUAGUCACUAAUCAGAGCACUUCAGAGGACCAACCUCAGUUUAAAGUAGACAGACAACAAUUCCAACGGAAAACUGCUCUUAUAAAUAAAGGACCAUGUACAGAGAACCCUACUGUUAAGAAAAAUAGUAAAGCUAGAACCAAGAGUGGUCCUGUUGCAUUCAGUCAGAAGCCAAAACUGCUUAAGAGUAAUAGAAAAAGUCUUUCUCCAGUGGGGUUGAAAAUACAGACAGGAAAGAAAUGUGAUGGACAAUUUAGAAACCAGAUCAAAUCAGAAAAAAUAGUUGAAUCUAAUAAUAAAGAAAAUGUAGUCGAGUGUACUAAACUUUGUGAUACUGGGUGUAAAAUCUGGAAUAAGACACAAGAUAAAGAAAAAUUUCCUAUUCUGACAGGGCUGGUUAACUGCAUGGCUUCUAAGAGCCUGAUAGGUGAGACUUUAAAAGAGUCAGAGUCUUCUUUUGAUGUUUCCGUUUGGAAAAAGUUAGAAAAUUGGGAACGAGAAAAGGAAAAGGAAAAUUUGGAAUUAGAUGAAUUUUUGUUUUUAGAACAAGCUGCUGAUGAAAUAUCAUUUUCUAGUAAUUCUUCAUUUGUGCUGAAAAUCUUAGAAAGGGAUCAGCAGAUUUGCAAAGGUCACCAGAUAGCAUCUACUCCUGUCAAAGUUGUGCAGCAGAAGACGACAAAUACAAUGGAUCUUAUUAGUCAGUGUAAGCAAACUGAGAAUCUUGACCAAUAUGAAAAUAAGAGUGAGUGUGCCACACCCAAACAAUUUGAUUCAGUAUCAUCACCCACUGGAUUGAAGAAACAAUCCUAUGAAAUCAGUAGGAAAGCAGUUUUCAUGAAGAUUUCUGACAAUAAAACUGGAUGGAAUGCAAGUGAUGAUGAAGGUGUUCAGAACAGUGAUAGUAGUGUUGAUUUUGAGGAAAAACUUUAUGUCACCAUAAAACCAUCAACUGGAGAUAAAGAAAGGUCUUUCAGCAGCAGAGAAAAUAGUCCAGAUGUCUGUGACACUGGAACUCAAGGAACAGAUAAAAGUAGAGAUGUUGAUCUAGAUUUGUCUGUUAAAGAUUAUAGUAGUGAUGAGUCUAUUACCAUAGAAAAUAUGAAAAAUAAAGUUUCUGAGUCCUCAAGUAAAACCUCAUCCAUAAGUAUAAGUAAAAUUGACUUUGAUGAUGAAAGAACUUGGACUGACUUUGAAGAGAAUUCAUGUAAACAUGAUGUUAUUUCUGAGAAUGAAGCUCUUUAUGGGACUCCUCAGUCAAGCUACCCUAAUAAGAGUGAAAUAUAUGUACUGGACAAAACAAUAAAAAGAAAGAUUGCCCCAGUCAAAAAAAGAGAACACUUAAGUCCUCCCCCUACAUCAGAGCUUGUGAUGAAAUUCUUCCCUUCUCUGAAACCAAAACCAAAGUCAGAUUCACAUUUGGAAAGUGAACCCAACAACAUAAGUCAAGACCAACCACCUGGUGACAGUGCUCGAUCCCAGAUUUUGAGAGAGAAAGUUACUGAAUUGGAAACAGAAAUAGAAAAAUUCAAAGAUGAGAACACAUCUUUAGCUAAACUUCGCAUUGAAAGAGAAAGUGCUUUAGAAAAACUCAGGAGAGAAAUUGCUGACUUUGAACAACAGAAAGCAAAAGAAUUGGCUCGCAUAGAAGAGUUUAAAAAGGAGGAAAUGAGGAAGCUACAAAAAGAACGCAAAGUUUUUGAAAUGUACACUACAACUGCAAGAUCUUUUCCAGAUAAAAAGGAACGUGAAGAAAUACAGGCUUUAAAACAGCAGAUAGCAGAUUUACAGGAAGAUUUGAAAAGAAAAGAAGCAAAAUGGUCAAGCACACAUAGCCGUCUUAGAAGCCAGAUAGAAAUGUUAGUCAAAGAGAACACAGACCUCCGGGAAGAAAUAAAAAUGAUGGAAAAGUUUCGGCUAGAUUCCUGGAAGAGAGCAGAAGCUGUUGAAAACAGCGUAAGGGCAGAUCAGUGUGAGAAAUUCAGAAAGCCAUCAAUUUGCUUUCAAAAAAGCCCAGUGUCUUCAGGAAACCAGGUAGAAAAGCAUAAGAAAAAUUAUUUGCCAACACAAGGCAAUCCACUUCGAAGACCCAAGUCUGUACUUCAUCGUGAUUUAGGCAAUUCGGAUAAGGGACAAGCUACCUCACCCAGGGAGCCAUUUGAAUCAACAAGAUUCCCAGAUCCUGAAUAUAAAGAAGAAAAAGAAGGAAUUCAGGGAGAAAUCAAUCAUCCUGAUGGAAAGGUAGAAAAGGUUUUUAAGAAUGGGUGCCAUGUUAUAUUGUUUCCAAAUGGAACUCGGAAAGAAAUGAGUGCAGAUGGGAAGACUCUCACUGUCACUUUCUUUAAUGGUGACGUGAAGCAGGUCAUGCCAGAUGAGAGAGUGAUCUACUACUAUGCAGCUGCCCAGACCACUCAUACUACUUAUCCAGAAGGACUACAAGUUUUACAUUUCUCAAGUGGACAAAUAGAAAAACAUUUUCCCGAUGGAAGAAAAGAAAUCACAUUUCCUGACCAGACUAUUAAAAAUUUAUAUGCUGAUGGACAAGAAGAAAGUAUUUUUCCAGAUGGUACAGUUGUCAGAAUACAACGUGAUGGCAACAAAAUCAUAGAAUUUAAUAAUGGCCAAAGAGAACUACAUACUGCCCAGUUCAAGAGACGGGAAUAUCCAGAUGGCACUGUUAAAACUGUUUAUGCAAACGGUCAUCAGGAAACAAAGUAUACAUCUGGUCGAGUAAGAGUAAAAGACAAGGAUGGUAAUGUUCUAAUGGAUACAAAAUUAUAG